AUGUCUGCCUCUCCUCCAAUCCAAGGCGAGAGCAUCCCCUUGGAGGACCAAGCUAAUGCCGCAGCUGGUUCCACGGACACGCUGAAUGGACGCCCCCUGAGCCCGCCCACGCAGGAACAAGCACCGUCGAUCCGAUGGCGGGAUCUAAAGCGUAAGCUACGCCCGCUACGAGGCGUAAUCUUUGCCUGGGUGGCCUUUUCUGUGUUUUCUGUCAUCUUCUCCGCAUUUGUCGUUUACGUCCUGCUGCGUGGCAAUGUCCGGGUCGGCGGUGUCACCUUUGAUGCCUCGACCUCGAACCUGCUGGUCUCUAUAUUCUCCCAGAUAUCGGUUAUUCUCGGAGACGCCCUGAUCCGCGAUCUCCUGGGCGUGAUACGCCUUGCUCUCGCAAAGCGGGAUAGAGGCGUCUCGGCCUUGACGUACUUUGUUAUCGGCCCCGCGUCAGCGUGGACGGAGGCAGCCAGGCAUGCCGUGUUGACGAAAUUCUACGGGUUGAAUCUGUGGUGUGAUUUUAGCUCCGGCUAUGAAGAAGUUCGAGGUAAAGAGGCCCCAUCUCAUUUGAUGCCAGUUCAGGCCCAGUUUGACUAUCACUUUGCCCCGACGAAUACGAACAUGACCGUCUACGCUGGGCUGAUCCCCAUCCGGAUCGCAGUAGUCGACUCGCCGCUCUUGACGACCGCAGACCUAAGCAUGUAUUUCUACUCUCUCACGUCCAGUCUCCUACUUGAUUCUCGCUACGCAAUCCAACAUCGGUUCCCCGGGUGCUCGCAAGGUUGCAGAUCGAUACUGUUACCGGGGGGUUUAGAAACGGCCCGGCGAUACGAUCCCUUGUUGAAGCAUACCGUCUUUGAAGGCGGCACGUUCGACGGCGCAGACUCGAUCCAGAUUGAGCAUGCUCCAGGCAUGCUGGCCACGUUUGAGAGACUGCCGGCAGACUUCAGCUUCGACCCGGCUGGGUGUACGUAUACCGGGGAGCGGAUCAACAACACGCUGGUGAUGUGUGCUCAGCAACUAGGCCAGUCGCUCGCUGUAGGCUGGGCUGCAUGUCCCAUCAAGGAAUACUCGGCCCGUGAGUGCAGCCCCGAAGUGACGUGGACCUCGGGUCCCAUCCAGUACAGCACAAACGUCUCCGUCUUUGAGCAGUACACGCGGACGACGUACAACCGCAACAACUUCUCGAUCGUCAACACCGAGAUGACCUCCCCCGUCGGCGAAUCCCAGAUAACCCUGAAAGAGGACGAGUACCGCAGGAUAUUCCGCAAGGUGCUCAACGCCAACACGACGAGGCGCUCGGAUCUCAGCAACAUGGACGCUCUCGUCCACUCCAUCACAUGGCUGCACAGGACCUACGAUAACAGCUUCCCCGACGACCAGCAGAGCGUCCUGACGAGCCUCCACAACUUCAUCGGCGUUUCUUUGCAGUUCAUGGUGACGGCGGUCCAGUUUGCAAACUACACUGUCAACGUUGGAGGGAAUACCGACACCAGCUUGGCACUGCCGGACAGCAUGGUCACCUCGGCCGUGAGCGGCCGGUCCAUGCAGAAGCUCAGCAUCCAGCACUGGACGGGGGUCAUCUUCAUCGUCACCGAGGGGCUCAUCAUCGUGUUUACUGCAUUAGCCAUUCUCCUGAUCCUAUGGGGAGUAGAGCGCCUUCCAGACAAGUCAGCAACUGCAGAGAUUGACAUCCUCAGGAACACGAACGGCAUGCGGGCAGCCCCGCAACGACAUAUACGGCGCUGGGGCUGGUGGCCGUUUUUGAGAGCAGGGAAUGAGGUUGAGCCUGGUGUGCCGGACCUAGAAGAGAGUGAACGUUUUCUGGAUAUGGCCCAGAUCUUGGCGCAGAAUGAGCCGUCUCCGACUCAACCUAGGUCAUUUUGGGGUCCAAUGCGUCGUGUUUUCAGGGGUACGAUGGAUAAAGAACGCGAGUUGCUCCAAUGGGUGGUGUUUUUGCCUGAUACUCCAGAUACAGAGACUGAAGCGGUAGAGGUGGAGGAUAGUCAUGAAAUUCUUCGGAGCGAUGCUGGCCUAACUUCGACAAGCUGA